CCAGGAAGGAAGUCACUGGUUGGACCAGAUGGCCACUGUUGGUCAUAGGCUGUAUAGGACUAGUCCUGCUUGGUCUGGGCAUGCAGUCCCUUGCUGUCCACGGUGGUCAGGGCAACUCCUUGACUAAAAGGACUAUCGGUCGGAAUGCCAAAACAGAGAUUGGCAGGGGCAGCAGGCGCCUUGCAUAUGAUGCCUAUGGUGGCAACAAGUACAGCAACGACAACUACUAUUACAUGAAAGAUGAGGGCAAGGAGUAUGAUCAGGGGAAGUACGGCAGAGGGGAGCACAACAACGACAACAUGAACUAUGAGAAGUACGCUGAAAAGCAGUAUGGUAAAAAAGAGUAUGAAACGAAAGACAUCGACCAGAAGAAGCAGUAUGGUGAGGAGAAGUACGACGACAAGAAGCAGUAUGGUGAGAAAACGACCGAAGACAAGAAGUACGAUGAGAAGAAGAAUGACGGCAAGUAUGAUGGGAAGAAGUACGAUGACAAGUACGAUGAUGGGACGUACAAUAACAAUUUUGAUGACAAGAGCCAGUAUGGUGAGAAAGUGACGCAAGACAAGAAGUACAAUGAGAAGAAUUAUGAUGAGAAGACGUACAAUGAGAAGAAGUAUGAUGAGAAGAAGUACGACGGCAAGUACGAUGACGGGAGGUACAAUAACACUUACGAUGACAAGAAGCAGUAUGGUGAGAAGAUGUACGAAGACAAGAAGUACGAUGAGAAGAAGUAUGACGGCAAUGGCAAGUAUGACGAUGGGAAGUACGUUAACAAUUACGAUGCCAAGAACCAGUAUGGUGAGAAAAUGACCCAAGACAAGAAGUACAAUGAGAAGCAGUAUGGUAACAAGUAUGAUGAGGUGUAUGAUGGUAAGUACGACGAAGGGAAGCACAAUAACAAUUACGAUGACAAGCAGCAGUAUGGUGAGAAAAUCACCGAAGACAAGAAGUACAAUGAGAAGAAGUAUGAUGACAACAUUUCCAAGUAUGAUGAGAAGAAGUACGAUGGCAAGUACGAUGACGAGAAGUACAACAACAAUUACGAUGACAAGAAGCAAUAUGGUGAGAAAAUGACCCAAGACAAGAAGUACGAUGCGAAGAAGUACGAUGGCAAGUAUGAUGGCAAGUAUGAUGAGAAGAACUACGAUGACGGGGAGAACAAUAAUACUUACAAUGACAAAAAGCAGUACGGUGAGAAAAUAACCCAAGACAAGGAGUACAAUGAGAAGAAGUAUGAUGACAAGUAUGAUGAGAAGAAGUAUGAUGGCAAGUACAAUGACACAAAGUACAAUAACAAUUACGAUGACAAGAAUCAGUAUGGUGAGAAAAUGACCCAAGACAAGAAGUACGAUGAGACGAAGUAUGGUAACAAGUAUGAUGAGAAGGUGUAUGAUGGUAAGUACGAUGACGGAAAGCACAAUAACAAUUACGAUGACAAGCAACAAUAUGGUGAGAAAAUCACCGAAGACAAGAAGUACAAUGAGAAGAGGUCUGAUGACAACAUUUACAAGUAUGAUGAGAAGAAGUACGAUGGCAACAAGUACGACGAGAAGAAGUCGUAUGGCGAGAAGAAAUACGAUGAGAAGUAUGAUGUGAAGUACAAGGGUGACCAGGGGAAGGAUUAUAAGUGUGAGAAGUGUGAUGGGAAAGACAACGACGCGAAGAACGAUGAAGACUAGAAGUGUGAUUACAAGAAGCAGUAUGGUGAAAACUAUGAUGAGCUAGAUGAGAAGAGCUAUGAUGCCAAGUAUGAUGGAGAAGUACGAUGACCAGUACAAGGAGACGGAGCAUGGCAAAAGGGAGAUGUCCGAGGAGCAAGACCUGAGCUGAGGUUCUCUUCCUUCUUUUUGUGAACUUCAAUUUCAAUCAAACACUUUCUUUUCCUUUUGUCUGUGCGAUUCAGGCUUCUUCACUGUCCCUCAAGAUCCUACUUUCAGGCCUGGCCAGACUUGCCUGGCUCGAUCCUCUGACCUCAACCUUGCCUGCGAGGGUCGUCAAGCCUGUUUCCUAGCUUGUACGGAAAAAGGAGGAAAAAAAAAGGAGCCGAUGGGUUGCCACAUGUU